AUGCGGGAGAUAGUCCACUUGCAGGCCGGCCAAUGCGGCAACCAGAUUGGCUCCAAGUUCUGGGAGGUCAUCUCCGACGAACACGGCAUCGACCCCACUGGUAAGUAUGCCGGAGACUCGGACCUCCAGUUGGAGAGAAUCGAUGUCUACUACAACGAGGCCUCUGGAGGAAAAUACGUCCCGCGAGGUGUUCUGGUUGACCUGGAGCCAGGGACGAUGGACUCCGUUCGUUCGGGCCCUUUCGGACAGCUUUUCAAUCCGGACAACUUUGUGUUUGGUGAGGAUAUCACUCGGUCAUUGUCUGGCCAUCCUUUGGUGUUGAGUGUUUGUGUAACUGUUGUCUCCCCCACAGGUCAGAGCGGUGCUGGGAACAACUGGGCCAAAGGUCACUACACUGAGGGAGCUGAGCUGGUGGACGCUGUGAUGGAGAAGGUUAGAGGAGAGGCAGAGAAGUGUGACUGUCUGCAGGGAUUCCAACUUUGCCACUCUCUGGGAGGAGGCACAGGUUCAGGUAUGGGUACUCUGCUUAUCUCAAAGAUCAGAGAAGAAUUCCCUGACCGCAUCAUGAACACUUAUAGUGUAGUACCCUCUCCCAAAGUGUCUGACACUGUAGUGGAGCCUUACAACGCCACACUCUCAGUCCACCAACUGGUAGAGAACACCGACGAGACCUACUGCAUCGAUAACGAGGCACUCUACGACAUAUGCUUCCGUACACUUAAGCUCACCACGCCUACUUAUGGAGAUCUGAACCACCUGGUUUCCCUGACGAUGAGUGGUGUCACCACAUGUCUGAGGUUCCCGGGGCAGCUGAAUGCCGACCUCCGCAAGUUGGCGGUGAACAUGGUCCCUUUCCCUCGUCUCCACUUCUUCAUCACAGGGUUUGCCCCACUAACGAGCCGUGGGUCACAGUCGUACCGGCAACUCAGCGUACCGGAGCUGACUCAGCAGAUGUUUGAUGCCAAGAACAUGAUGGCAGCCUGCGAUCCUCGUCACGGCCGCUACCUGACUGUAGCUGCCAUGUUCCGUGGCCGUAUGUCCAUGAAGGAAGUGGAUGAGCAAAUGCUCAACAUACAGAACAAGAACAGCUCCUACUUCGUGGAGUGGAUUCCCAACAAUGUGAAGACAGCCGUGUGUGACAUCCCUCCUCGCGGACUCAAGAUGUCUGCCACGUUUGUGGGCAACAGCACGGCAAUCCAGGAGCUGUUCAAGAGAGUCAGUGAGCAGUUCACCGCCAUGUUCAAACGCAAGGCCUUCCUCCACUGGUACACUGGAGAGGGAAUGGAUGAGAUGGAGUUCACAGAGGCUGAGUCCAACAUGAACGACCUGGUAUCGGAGUACCAGCAGUACCAGGAGGCCACCAUUGAAGAGGACGAGGAGGGAGAGUAUGAUGAUGAGGGAGAGGUGGAAGAAGACGAGGCCUGACCUGUCUGAUACUCCCUCAUUAGCCUGUGCAUUGUCUUACUAUUAGACUCUUACUGAAUCAGUUGAACACUUGUGUUUUAAUCCUAAGAUUUUGCUUCAUUGUCGUUCAGAAGUUCGCUCUCUGCGCCGUGUCAGGAGCGCGAAACUGCAUAUACGUAUAAUUAUAUUACGGGUUGAGGUUGAUGCGCAUGCGUGAAAAAAACAUGGACGGCGAGCUGGAGUUGCCGAUCGACAUUCACUACAAUAAACUGCUAGAUUGGCUAAUCGACCGUCGCCACUGUGACUCUAAAUGGACGGUCCAGAUCCGCCGCAUCAGAGAAAAGAUCAAUGCCAGUCUCCCUAGCCUUCCCCCAGACCAGCUGGCCACUCUUGGAGACAGGCCAGCUCUGAACUACUUCCAGUGCCGUCAGAUUCUGGAGACUGUGAAGACAGUGGACGGAGACAGUAAAUCACUGUUUGGGAAAUACAACUCUCCCAGAGUUCAGGAGUGGGCGGAAAUAGUGAGAGACUUUGAGAAAGGAGGAGUGUAUCUGGCGGACUGUGCACAGCAGCUGACUCGCAAUGUAAACUAUGAGAUCCCUGCUCUGAAACAGAGCCUUGCUCGGAGUCAGCAGAUACAGCAGGACACUCUGAAGAGAGAGCAGGAGGCACGAAGCACUGCAGCUUCUCUCAGACAAGUUCCACGCCUCAUGUCAGGAGAUGGGUAUCCAGGGAGAGGGCGUGAGGGAAGAGCUGCAGGAUCUUCUGAGUGAGCUGCCAGGCAUCUUUCAACAGACACUGGAUGGUCUGCAGAGCCUCUCUCCUGCUCUCAGUUACUACCAGACAGUGGUAGAGACUAACACUGGCAGGCCAGUGGACCCUCCCACCUUCCUGCCGGUGCUGCACUACCUCAUGACGAAUGGGAAUGUGACAGUCUACAGGUGGAGACAUGGUGUGGAGCCAGAGACUGAGGUGCUGCAGGAGCUACCUGCUGGAAGCCAGCAGCCACAGGCUGGAGACAUUGACUGGGGAGACCUCUCCUCAGACAUCCAGUCAGAUGGGAUUGAGAACCAGUCAGACGGGAUUGACUGGGAUAACCCGGGGAUCCUGGAGCUAGGGGACAUUGUAGUGUUGGAGGACUCAGCAGUUGAGAAGGGAGGAGAGGGAGGCAGACAGGAAGAAGGCGUGGCAUCCCUCAAACAGCAAAGCAAGAGUUGUGCUGACUCAGCAGGAGACCUGGAGACCCUGUUGUCAAGUCCUGUCACCAGGGCUCUCUUCCUUGACGACAUCAUGGAGCUGAAGGAAUUCAUUUCCUGGAGACUUCGAGAGCUCACCAGAACUGACGACAUUCUCUCUGGACAGUUCAGUGGUGAUGGUGGAGAGGUGAAGCAGAAAGGAGCAGAGAGUGUGCAGAGUAUGCUGGACUGUGUUCUAGCAGUCCUCACACCUCUCACCAGUCCUCGCACUCAGCACCUACUCCUCAUGAAGAGCUCAGGGCACUACCUCGACAGAAUGGCCUCCUCCCUCCUCUCCCCCCAACUCCUGGCAAACAAGGCCCAGGCUCAGGCAGAGCUAGCAGUUGUCAGGAGAGAUGAGGCAGUUGCCAUGGCAAUGAGUGUGGAGCCACAGUUGUCUGGGCUGAGCAUUGAGACUAGAAGUCUCCAGAGGCAGGUAGAGCAGGAGAUAUCACUGCUGUACAGACAGAGGGAAGUCAACAUUAUUGGAGAAAUCAACGUGACCUUGCAGCAGCACCAGUAGACUGUCAAACAUGUACAUAUUCAAUUUUGAAUCAACUGUGUACAAUACAGAAGACCUAAUGUGUAUACAGUCUGACCUACACCCUGCUGUUUCAUUUGAAGUUGUGUCCAGUCAUGAGGGAGUGAAGGUGGUCCAGUGUCUGGUGGAGACACGACAUUAACUGGUCACCCUCUCUGGCAGGGUAGGUCGUUAUAUUACAGCCAAGACUAUCAGGAAACACCUUGUAUCCAAUGCCGUAGCCGUCAUGGGACACUGGGGCAAAGCCUCCAAUGAGCACUGAGUCAGUGGAGAGGGUGCUGGUGGACAGGAUGAUGUGGCCCAUGUGCUGGUAGGAGUGGUCGGUGAAGAUGGCGGGAAGGUUGUCAUCUUCUUCCUCUGCCAGAGUCCUCAGAGCAAACAGGUGUCUGUCAAACCCCUGACC